UAAACACAACCUACAAGCAUUUCGGCGACACAGACUUCUCGGACAAAGAGAACAAGGAAAUGGAAACGCGAGAUAAAUUUUGUUGGUUUGAUCACAUUUCUGACGAUAUCUUAUUGCACAUCUUGUGUUUUGUACCAAGGACUGACUGGAAACACACAACUAAAGUUUGUGCAAGGUUUCGAAAUGUGUGUCAAGACAAGGAAUUAUUCAGAAAAUCAGUUUUGUCAUAUGCCUACGGAAUGUCGGAGAGAGAUCUGGAGGAAUAUCUUCGUGCAGGCUGCAGAUACAUCGAGACACUAAAUCUUAACCAUUGCUACUGGUUCUCAUCAACUACUCUGGCAGCAUUUAUACCAAGGUGCAAGAAAAUACAAGAGCUGUUUCUUCUAGAUUGUAAACUCACUGCCAGAGCCCUUACUAAAAUUUUGUGCUCACUAGAAUGCCUCAAGUCAAUAGUGUUCUCUGUUUAUAACUUGUUAGAAUUUUCAAAUAUCAUCAAUGGGAACCAGGAUGUCCAAUUUGCAUUGAGGCAUUUAAAACACUUUGGAUUACAUGUACGAGAAGAAUCAAAUGGAAAUAAGCAGAAUUCAUUACAGUUCCAUCUUAGCCAACAAACUACUGUUAUCGAAUAUUGCCCUAAUUUGGAGUCCUUUUGUGUCAUCGGAACACCUGGACUAAGUCAAAAACUGUCGAAGAGAUUGGUUCAUACACUGAUUGUCAAAACCGAGCAUUUACAAAACUUAAAAACUAUGUCAAUCAACUGUACAAAUGAUGCUACAUCAAGACUUUACUUUUUUGGAAUUCUAGUCAAAGCAUUUGACCAGCCAGGAAUUCGUUUUACCAAUUUGUCAGUAUCUGGGCUAGAUCUAAAACAAGCCGUAAAACGUUCAUACUUUAUCCGUUCUCUGAAGGAAUCGUGUCCCACGUUGGAGAAUCUAGACCUGUCAAAAGUUCUUAUAGAUGAGCUGGAGGCAUCAAUCACCAUUGAGGAUGCACCUUGCUUGAAACACUUAAACCUGGCAGAUAUCAGGUCAGAGAGUCGGUGCCUUGGCCUUCUUAUCAGUGCUAGUAGAUGUUCAAACCUGGUCAGUCUUAACCUAAAAGGUGCUACCUCAGGAUGCAAGUAUUGGGGAAAGGAGGAGUUAGAGGGCCUUGACCUUGUCUUAAAAAACUGUCGUAAUCUACAACAUCUCAAUAUCUCUGGUGUACAUGUACAUGAAAAUGGGCCAGAUAGAACACUUAUGGAUGUUCUUACACAACAUGACAUCACAGCCUUCAAAAGUCUGGCUUUGUCAGUUUGCUGUUUGGUGAGUAGGAUAAACGAGAAAGGGAAGACCACAAAAGGAUUUGUCAGCAAAGGUCUUGGAAAACGACAGAGGAUUGCAAGACAGCCUCAGCCAUCAACAUCUACAGGUGAAGGGUCAGAUAUUGGCAGCUGCUGUACAGAGUUAUCUCGCCUGCACAAAGCUUGUCCAAGAAUUACCUCCCUUGAGCUGAUCAACACAGGCUUUAGUCAGAGUGUAGUACUCACUAGUCAUAAAUCUGUGUAUGAUCCAUGUAAAGUUUCCCAUUUCUUAAGAGAAAAUGACAUUACUCAAGUGUCUUGUAUGACCAGUCUGCGAUACCUUCAACUCACUGGAUUGCCAGGUGUAUCAAAUGGAAGGUUUUUGAAAGAGAUUGCUACCAAUUGUGUUCAUCUAGAGACCCUGUGGCUGGCCUACAUUGGGCUCGGACCCCAGAUUCAAGGAAUGUGGGACUCCUUAAAAUUCUUCAAAUGUCUUUUAGAUCUCAGAAUAGAACAACCUUGGAUGAAACUGGACGAGCAUUUUUACCAGUCUUGUCUUGGAUGUGACAGGCUUCAGCGUCUUGUUAUUGUAUCAAAGAAUUCUAGAUUUGAACCAAAACCAUUAGAAAAUUUUGUAGCAAAGGCAACCCGACUGUAUGUGAUACAGUUAUUCACUGAUACACCGCUGAAAGACUGUGAUCGCUACCAGACAGUAUUACAGAAAAGGUAUGAGUGUCAGCGACCGGGUUUCCAUGCAGUAUUAGAACACUUACACCAUGAGCGAGUUCCAGGGGUACUUGCAGCCUUGCCACUAGUCCAUCUAGACGAUAUUACACAUCUGUCUUCCAGAGUCUGCUCAAAACCUUUACUCUCCCUCUGGGGAGAGUGAAUAACAGCAUUGUCAAAACAUGUAUAUUAAACCAGCUUAUUGAAUACUGUUGAUAGGAUUAUAUUUGAGACGGUUCAGUAAUUUGCAAUUAUUACAUGACAUCAUUGAUAAAUAUCCUGUGGAAAAUUGGUGCUAUUGACUGGUACAUAGUUAAACACUGGUUUGCUUGACUAUAGUAGGUGGGCCAGUGGUCUAGUGGUAACACGCUUGACUGUCAAUCCAGAGGUCCGGGGUAUGAAUCCUGGUCCAGGCACUGGAAAUUUCUGAGAUGCUCUUGAGUGUCUCCCACCUAACUUAGAGGCCUGUACUGGUUCUUCCCAGGACGGCUUCGCAUGUAUCGGUGCUAUUCACCGGGCAUGUUAAAGUACCAGACGGUCUAUUCGCAAAGAGCUAGGCUAAGUCAGCCGGACAGGCCUGUAUCUAAAAAGGAUUUCUCUCUAUCUCUUCUGGGGGCUUUAUCUCACUCUGUCCCUCUGGUCAGAUUGCUCUGUGUCUGUACUAGUAGAGGAUGAAUUUCGCGCCCUUUGUGGCUGUGUUUGUGCUAUGUAAAGCGCCUUUGAACGUGUUUAUCAUGAAAAGGGCGCUAUAUAAAUCUGGUAUAAUAAUAUAAUAAUAAUAAAAAGAUAGAAAAACUUCGAAGUUUAUUUUUGAUGUUGUUUAAUAAAACACCUAACGAAUGGCUUACCAGUAAAAACCACUUGCCUAAGGUCCAAAUAAGUGUUUUAUUACAUGAAUUUAGAAAUAAAUUACAAAGUUUUUUUCAUGAAUUUUUGACUUAAGCCUAAUAAACUAGUGUUGUACUAUAGACCAGUCAGUAGCACAAACUAUUGACUUGUGAUUUAUAUUAGAAGUGGUGUAAUAAUCUUAGAUAUUAACCAUAAUCAGAGAGGUUGUGAUUUCAAUACGUGUAGUAAAGCUUUAUAAGUGUAGCAAAUAUCUGUAUGUAUAUUAAAUCUCUAUAUGUGCAGUAAACCUAAAUUUCUGUAGUGAAUAUCCAUAUAUGGAUAAUAAGCAUUUGUUAAAAUUUCCAAGUAAAUAUAAUUUCCACUUACUACCAACAAAACUUCAGAGUAUAUUUUGAAAGUGUUUAUCUGAACUUUGCAGAUUCUUAAAUGAUGUUUAAAAUUUGAAACCGUGUUGGCUUACUGCAAUAAAGAAUGAAAAGCUGUAUGUUCAUGUACCUACACAAGUAUGUGAUCACAACCUCUCAAAGAUGUUGAUAGAUAAUGUACUGAACAUUGAUGACAUGAAUGUUGACUACUGUAAAAUAAGAUAUUUUUGCAAGGGAUUUUUUUUGCUAGUCUCGCUGAUACUGUCUACAUUUACAAAAAUAUUUACCUGUGAAUGUGUUAAUAUUGACAUAAAUAGAUCUGUAUGUUUCAGAACCAUGUUUAGUUUAAAAUAUAGUGAAAUUUAAGCUUUCCAAAAAUACUUGAUUUUAAAGUAUUUAAAUUGCAAUCCUGUGGGAUAUGAAAUGUACCCAAAUCUACAUUUUACAGUUUGUAAAUGAGAAAAUAUCUAGUGUAUCAGCUGACAACCAUAAGACUCAGUUAUAAAACUGAAGCAUAUAUCUUCAGAAGAUGUUAGUGGAUGUUUAACUGAUAAUUUUGUUUACUGACACUAACUUGUUACCUGACAGUAAGGUUUACAGAUUUGGUUUUUCCAUCUCAAAAGGUGCUACAUGUGUAUUAAGAAAUGAGUUUUUCAGAAGACCGGUAAACUGUUCUCAGUAGUAUAUGUUUCUGACCAGUGAUGUAAUUUAAAAAAAUAUCUUGCAUUUUAUUGAACUGUUCUUUUACAUAAUUGUUAUUCAUAAUUAUAAUGUGUUCAUGACUGCAUUUAACAAUUUACAAAUAAAUCUUUUGUCACAACGGAGUAAGAAUAAAGUAGUUUAAGCCAUCUGAGAAGGGUUUAUAAUUUGUGGUACUGGUGCAAUUGAAAAAUACUGAUUAUUAGUGCACAUCUGCUCAAGAUGAGCUAUUUUGAUAUAUUUUUCUCCGUCGUCUUGCAUCAUCAAUAAUUUGACUGUUGACACUCUAGAUGUCACAAUUUUGGCCAAAUUUUAAUAAAACUUGGUCAGAAUAUUACUGUCAAUAAAAUCUAAUGGUCUACCUGAUUUAUAUAUUAAAAAAAACCAAUCAAAAUGUUUGUCUGUAUGAAAUUUAAAUUAAAAUAAUUUCACAAAUAUAUUCCUUUGUUGACCCUAUACCAUGUUUGUUUAAAACAUGACUGUCAGAGGGGGUAGUGCACAUAGUGGAAACUUUAAAGACCUGGUCAGAGAAGACUGACCAAAUUUAGAAAAAUAGUUACAAAGAUACUUUCCAUAUCGUGGCCUCAACGCGAAACUAGUCUAUCUGCUUCCAUUUCUAUAUACACAUAGACUAGUUUCGCGUUGAGGCGACGAUAUGUGACCCACACUGCUAAAGAUGUUCAGGCAGUCUGUGAAACUCAGUACGGGGAUCUAAGACUAUCAUGCCCUCUUUUUUUUGCUUGCAAUUGAGUCCUGUUAGAUCCGCUAAUUCUGUUACGGCAAUUUUUGUGCAUUGCAGCUUCUCUGUAGGAGUUGCUGAAUGAUAUUUUUCCUGAACAUGCAUGCAGUCUGAUUAUUAUGUGCACUGUUCGCCAUUCAGCCAGUAUCAUUAUGGUAAGCACCCCUUUUAACAGUUAAUGGUACAGUCAAAAUUGGAAGAUAGACAAGUUAAUUGGGUAAGGGUUGAGUCAUACAUUCAAUAUGUACUUGUAAAUCCUUAAACUGUUUACAGUGAAACACUGAUUGCUUGAGCACUUGGAAAAGCUUGAGCAUGUCAGGUUUUCUAUUCUAUAUCCCACUUCGAUCCCCAUGUUUUUGGGUUCAGUAACUGAAAGGGGUCAAAGUCACUGUGACCUUGAGACUGCAACGAUUUCCUCUUCAUAACUUAAGAUUGCUUUGUCUUACAGUCAUCAAACUUCAUAGGACGAUUGCCUGUGGUCAGUAGAUGACCCCCUUUGUUUUAGGGGACAGUAGGUCAAAGAUCAAGGUCGCGUUGAUCAUGAGAUUUAAAAUGGUUUCUUCUCAAUAAAAAAAGAACAUAUUUGCCUACAGCCACCAAACUCCACAGUAUGAUUGCCAGUGGUCAGUAGAUGACCAGUGUUGUUAUGGGAAUCAUAUGGUCAAAAUUCAAGGUCACGGUGGACUUGAGUCUGAAAACAGUGUGAGCUCAAUAAUUUAGUAACGAUUUGGCCUACAUACAUGAAAAUUCAUUGUAUGAUUGCCUGUGGUCAGUAGGGAUCAGUUGGUAAAAAAAGGAUCAAUGUCACAGUGACCUCUAGACUUAAAUCGGUUUCAGCUCGAUAAUUAAAGAACGCUUUGGCUUUCAGUUCUUUUAGGAUGGUAAGCCAUAGUCAUUUGAUGACCCCUGAUGAUUUUGAGGUCAGUGUCAUAGCAUUAAUACAUACCACUUUGCCUCCGAAAGGCUAUCAUGGGGGCAUAUACAUGUAUGUUUUACAUUGUCUAUUUGGAUUGCUCAAAAACCAGGAUAACUCGAGCUUUUUGCUCACCCGCUACAACCUAUACCAGUCUGUUUUUGCUGUAUACGUAUAGAUUUAAACAGGUUUUCUUGUAACGAGCAAAGAAAGAUUUUUCAGAUGACAUUGUUAUGAUACAUAGAGUUCUCAACAAUUAGUGUUGCACGUACAUGCACAUGUUCUGAUAUAACUGUUCUGGAUGGGCCCAGUUGUUCGAAACUUUAAUAGCUGAUUAAACAAACGGUUGAUUAGCUUUUAGGGUUAUUUUUCGACAUUUCAGAAGACUUGGAAAAACAAAUGUAUGAGUUAAGGAUUGUGACACUGGAACAUCUUUACAAUAAAUCAAAACAUCAUACUAGUAUUUCCCACCAAAAGUAGUAUUUUGAAUCAAUAUUUAACAGGCAGUUAGUUUAACAGCCAGUUAAAGUUUCGAACAACUAGACCCUGUUCAACGGAGUAAAAAACCUAAGAUGCUGUCAAAGGUUUUGAUAAAACAAAUCGAAAAUAAAGAUGUUGAAAGAGUUA